AUGGCCGCUUACAACCGGCCGCCGCCUCGACCACUACAUAGUUUACGCCGCACCCUGUCUUCGGCAGCGUCGGGCAGUCUCCGGCUCCUGACGAGCGAAGUAGAACUGUUCCAGGGCGGCUACGAAAACGAGUACAUAUCUCCCACGCGAGCCUCCUCCAAGAGCCAAACAAUUUCCCACUUUGGUAGUCCCAGUACAGGAAGCGCCGCUUCAUCAGGGGGGUUCCUAGCUAGGACACCGUCUUUGCCUCCGAUAUCACGGGGCGAUGAUAGCCAUGGCGCCGAAUUCUGCAGCCCCUCUAUCGAUCCAUGCUUGCCGACGCAGGUUCCCGACGGAAAUCGAAACCCGUUCGAUGAUUCGUACCGUAGGGAUUUGGAGGCUCGGUUGGAGAUAGAAUCGCCCUAUCAUGUCUUUUCAAGGAGACAGAAGUGGUUUGUCAUUCUCAUCAUUGGUGCUGCUGGGCUGUUCUCGGGGCUUUCCUCCAACAUCUACUUUCCAGCACUGGACACCAUCUCCCAGGACCUGAAAGUAAGCCACGAGAUGGUAGCCUUGACCAUCACUUCAUAUCUUGUAAUUCAAGGUAUCUCACCCUUGAUCUGGGGAUCGAUAUCAGAUACUCUAGGAAGAAGGCCCAUAUACAUGGCAUCCUUUGCAGUAUACAUAUUUUCCAACAUUGGCCUCAGCAUUUCGCCAAAUUUUGCGGUCCUGCUGCUUUUUAGAGGCUUGCAAGCAGCUGGAAGCGCCUCGACUGUUAGCAUUGGUAAUGGCGUGAUCCAGGACAUCUCCCCCCCAGCAGAUAGGGGGGCGUUCGUCAGCUUAUACCAGGCGAUAAGAAACUUCGGCAUUGCUAUCGGACCCGUGCUCGGCGGAUUGCUUACAAACUACUUCGGUUUCCGAUCCAUCUUUAUCUUCCUUUUGAUAAUAUCUUCCAUCGUCACGCUGAUUAUUGUUGUCCUUCUUCCCGAGACUAUGCGUACCAUUGCCGGAAACGGAUCGCUGCGACUGGAGGGCGUCUAUAAGCCGCUAAUUUUAUAUCUGAAGAAAGAGCCUAGUUACUUGGAGGACCCCGAAGAGCCCAUUCAGCGGGAAAAGAUUACACUAAUGACCUUUUUCGAGCCGCUGCGGCUGCUGAUUCAAAGAGACAUUUUAAUCAACCUUCUCUUCGGCGGCGUGGUGUACACUGUAUGGAGUAUGGUCACGUCAAGCACCACUGUUCUUUUUAAGCAGCGUUUCAACCUCAGCGAUCUCGAAAUUGGUCUUGCCUUUCUACCUAACGGACUCGGAACGAUAAUUGGCUCAGCUAUUGCUGGCAAGACGAUGACGCGAGACUAUCUUUCGGUUGAGGAGGCAUACAAAGCAUCUUACAAAUGCGACACUUCCAAGAAAUUUUCGGGGGGCAACCUACCUGCCGACUUCCCAAUAGAGCAGGCCCGCCUACGGCGGUUGCCAUGGAUUUCUCUUGCCUUCGUCGCCGCCACUGCGGGCUACGGCAUGUCUCUCAACUUUUCCUCCUUGACUUCCCGGCGGGGCUGGAUCGCCCUACCUCUCGUACUACAAUUCUUGAUCGCCGCAACGAGCAACGCCAUUUUUGCUCUGAACCAGACCCUCGUCACCGAUAUUUGCCCAGGAAAGGGUGCCAGCGCCACUGCCAUCAACAACCUUGUCAGAUGUGGACUCGGAGCUGUCGGCGUUGCACUUGUAGAGAAGUUGAUCGAGUCGAAUGGACCUGGUGCUACUUUUUUGGGGCUGGCACUCGUUACAGUUGCAGCCGGCCCUCUGGCGGUGGCCCAUUGGUAUUGGGGCCAAGGGUGGAGGGCAAAGAGAAUGGGAGCUGAUGAGAGAGCUAGAGAAGACAAGGCAAUGGGUGGCUAG